CUCUAAAACCAUUGUCUUUCGUGAAUUCCAUAUUUUAGUACAUAUUUUUUCAUAUAUUUGUUUAUUUGUUAGUUUGUCCGAUAAAAAUGAAAGAAUAAUGAGAGAACGAAAAGUAAUCGAUAAUUAUCAUACAGUUCGUACAUAUUCUAAAUAAAAAAAAAUCAGCCGUAUCGAAAAUUCAGUAAUUUUGUAAUGUUUCAUCUUCGAACAUCUUUACGCUUCUUAAUUCUAAAUAAAAGCAAUGCACCAUUGCCAGUGUUGGACCAAACACGCUGCUUUAAGCGUUGGGUAGCGCCGACGUUACGUGAAUUACGCAAACGACAAAAGAAAUUAGGUCCACAGGAGCCACAACCCCGUUCUGGUUUUAUUGAAUGGAAUUACCGCGCUGAGUUGUUUGCUUUUGGUAAACGACUUCAUGAAGAAUUUCAAUUGCCAAUGCUUCAAACGGCAUUGACACAGCCCUCCUACAUUGAAAAAGAAAAAGUUCGCCAAACCGAACUUGGUAUUUCCGAGGUAGAUAUAAAUAUGCAAGAUAACUAUGAAUUGUCCGAACGUGGUGCAUAUUUAACAAAUGAGUGUGUUCAAGCUUUCCUGAAACAUUCAUUUCCACUUAUACCUUUAGAAGGAAUAGUUGCCUUCAAAGAAUAUUUAUUAAGUACUGAAAUGCUAUCGCACAUCGCAGCCCAUUUAGGCAUGACAGAGUUGCUUUUGGAUUCAGACUAUCCUCCUUCAAAAGAAUCCUUGGCCCGUUCGUUACUUGCUAUAAUAAGUGCAAUAGAACAAUGUAAUGGACAAGAGCGCGCUUUUCUUUUUAUACGUGAUUUCAUAUGUACUCAAAUGAACCAACGGGAUGUAUUUGAUAUGUGGAACAUAGAAGACCCGGAAGUACUUUUAAAGCAAAUUUGUGAAGAGCGUAAAUUGGGAGAAGUUGAGCCCCGCUUGAUUGGGAAUUGUGGAAAAAAUACAGUGCUAGCUACAUAUUAUAUAGGCUUGUAUGUAAACAAAAAACUAAUUGGAAAAGGCUUUGGUGAGGAUGUGACUACUGCAGUAAAAACUGCUUCUUUGGAUGCUCUUCAAGAGCUUUUUAGUAUAAAAGACAACAUGCGCCCUCUCAAUUUCCAGGCUCAAUUAAAACCAUCAAAUAUUAAGGCUGUGGAAAAUUAGCGCAACAAAUGGUUGUUUCCUUAUUUCUCAAAUAAAUCUUGGAAAUAAACAGA